CCCGGCUCCGCAAGGACACAUCGCGGCCCGGAGCGCCUCAGCAUGAGGCGGGCGCAGCUGCCCAGCCUCCUGGCCUCGCUGCUCCUUCUGGUCUCGCAAGUGUCCCUCGGAGCCAGACCAGCGGCCGACCUCGAGGGCAGUGCAGAAAGCGACCUGACCCUGCGGCUGCGGCUGCCCGAGGAAAAUCGCGCCGGAUCCCGCCAGCCGCUGCAACCUGUUCCCGAGCCAGACGGGGCGAGCCUGUGGCUGCGAUCUCUGCACCGUCUAUCUCCGGAGGGAGAAGAACUGCGUCGACGCCUUGCCGAACUGAGCGACCGACUCAAACGCCACGAGCCGCCGCUCUCGAUCGACCUCACCUUCCACCUCCUCCGCCACAUGAUGGAGAUCUCCCGGGCGCAGAGCCAGCAAGCCCAGGCAGAGUUGAACCGUCAACUCUUGGACUCGGUAGGCAAGUGAAGCCGUCGGCGAGGGCGCGCCAGAGAUCCUCGCCUUUGUGAGCCGAUCCAGCAACUGAAUCGCCCCCACUUCCUUAGGCAUCGCUUGCCCCAACUCCGGCGCCUUCGCAGAAGACAUUUGUUUAUAAAAUAAAACUUCUUCGGCGUCAAACGAUUUCCGAGUGCGGGCUGGUGAUUUGGAGGUGGGGGGGGGAGGAGAGUGAGGUUGCUUCCUGGGCUGCACUGGUGGUCCUACCUGAGUUGUGAGGUGUCAAGGUUUGCUAUCCUGAUAUAAACUGUUGAGUUCAGUAGAAGGUCCCAAAGGGGCUUUUCCAAAAAAACAACUAGACUUUCUUGGUUCUUUUCCUUGAAAAUGUUUCGCUUCUCAUCCAAGAAGCUUCUUCAGUUCAGUAGAAGGGUUUACAUCAUAUUACUUCACACUUAUUUAUUGAAAACUUACUUUCUGAGGCCACACAUUAUAUAACUGAUGUUAACGAAUCAUCUGGGUUCGAAUAUGGCAAACCCACCAAUCAAACCAAAAUUAAAUGAGCCAUUCUGGGCAUGCAUUAUGAAGUUUAACAGAUCUCCUGUUUCUGUAGGUCAACUCUACUAAAAGUUAAUCACCUUUGGAGGGAUAAAGUAAUGCUGAUGGAAGAAAGUAAAAUGUUAGCCUUGAUAAUGAAACUUCCCAGAUCUACAAAUUCAGAUGUGCCUCUUUUUGAUCUGCUAAUACAGGCAGAACUUGGGUUUUGAGGCCAAAGGAAGCCUGAAUUGGAUCAUUGAUUCUCCAGGUCAGCCUUGGUCAGACGCUAUGCAAAGCUAAACUCAAGUAAAAUCCAAAUGCUUUCAAAAAAAGGGUACU